AUGCCUCCGAAACCUAAAGUUUUGAGCACCUCCGCGGCAGCACAUGCGCGGCCUAGUGCUGCGACUACGUCCUCGCCCUCGAGUGAUCCAGCCCCGAAGCAACUAACCUCACCUCCGGCUCUGGAUUCAGUUUCCGAAGACUUCAAGACUGAGCUACUCACUAGCCUUCGUGAGGAGGUGGUAAACGUGUUUAGAGCAGAGUUGGCGAUGGCUAUGUCAGAUAAUCUGUCCAAAAUAAAAGCGGAGCUACGAGAAGUGAAAGCUGAGCUAAAUGUUAGCAUAGCGGCCGUGAGCAUGGAGGUUGGCGAGCUGAAGAAGACUGUGCGGGAUAUGGAGGGUUCACUAUCAACCUGUACGGAUGAUGUUGUUUCACUCCAAUCUAAAGUUGAGAGACUUGUCAACCAGGUUACUGCAUUGGAAAACAAAUGUGACAACCUAGAGUCAAGGAGCCGCCGCCAGAAUAUAAGGAUUGUGGGUUACUCGGAGCAAAAUGGUGCUAUCAAUGCUAACACGGUGUCGAUUAUGCUAAAAGAGGCUUUUGGUCUGGAUAAACCACCUCUGAUUGACCGCGCGCACAGAUCUCCUCCUCAGCCUUUACCAGGUGCUCGGCCCCGUCCUAUCAUCGCACGGUUGCACUACUACGCGGACUGUGUUGACAUCCUGAGGCGUGCCCGUGCUCAACAGCGGAUCAAGAUGGGGGAAGAGGUGAUCUCCGUAUUCCCGGACUACACUUCCCGCACAUCCAGAGCCAGAGCUGCCUUCAACGACGUACGACGCCAGCUUAAGGACAUACCAGAUAUACGGUUUGGCAUAGUACACCCUGCUCGUCUCCGAAUUACAAAGACGGGCACGGACGAACGGGACGAGCACGGAGACGAGAGCAGGCCACGGAGGAAGACCACGAGCGGGACCCGUCGAGUGCCAAAGAGGCGAACCGUGAAGCGAUCUACACGCAGCGGCGGGGCUCAUACCCCGCCUACGCAAGGUCUACGGCCCUGGGAUCCGCGGCGGCAGCUGGAGGGCUGCAAUCCGGAUAAAGAGCGAGGACGCAGAGUCACUGGGACGUACCGCGAAGCGACCUACACGCAGCGGCGGGGCUCAUACCCCGCCUGCGCCAAGCGGUGUGCGCCAUUCACAUUGGGGACGAGCGCCGUCUACCUGCCUCUGGCCCACGUUAGCCUCAGCCAUUGGGGCACAAUUCCCCCGGAGCCCCCACAUCCGAGAUUGAGGCGCCAAGACCGUGAAAACCCCCCCUCCGAAAGUGCCUUGCGAGAUCAACUGCUGCUAGGCUUGAGCGACAGCCCACUGGCCCAAGCUCUGAAGGUCUAUGCUCGCCGUCACCCAGAGCUGGAUUUCACAGAGCUACGUGAGGAGGCCAGGUUAUUGGAGACUGAGUACGGCCGGGGUCAACCAGAGGUAACGUGUGCCUCAGUUCAAAAACAUUAUGACUCUCCUAAAACCCCACAGGGAUUGGACUGGAAGGAGCAAUUGAAGCGCGAAAUCAUGGAGGAGGUGAACGUCCAAAUGAAGGGGCUGUCCCGUGAUAUCCUCGCUGAGCUUAAACCCCUGCUGCAGUCUGCCUCUCCCCAGUCAAGCCCCCCCAACACCACGUGGAACCGCCGGUAUUCACCGAGACCCUAUAAUGACCGGGACGAGCAAGGAAUGAACGUCAUCAUGGCUUGUUGGGAUAACAUCUUUAAGAGGUCAAAGAUGCCUGCUCUCCCACCACAAUUUAAACAUCUGAGAGUGUGGCGGGAGGCGUUUGCCACCUGCAGCCGCAUAGAAGUAGCCCCCACAGAGGACGGGUCAAUGGGUUUCGUGAGGUUGGCCACGAAGAAUAACAUUUCAGUCCCUCCAAACAGUGAGAUAGUGGUGUGGGGUCGUACUCGGAUGGGGCGGGGUGGAACAGAUUUCUGUGCCCUUAUAGAGCCGGUUCCUGGGGCUAAUAUUGGUGGUGUGGGUGUGGCUAGAACGCUGGUCGAGGUGAGGAAAGGAAGAGUCCCUGUUCGCAUUUGUAACCCCCACCCCUACAGUGUGUCUGUAGGUCGUUUUACGAGGUUAGGGCAGCUUUAUCAUAUUGAAGAGGCAGAUGUACAUGGCCCAAAUGACCCAUCUCUGUUUCUUGAGGGAGACGACGUCGUAGCGGUAACCCUGGUAGAUGUCACAACUUCGGCGGCUAACUCUGAGUUGCCCCCAGAGGUGAGCAAGCUGAAAACGCGCCCUGACUUGUCUGAGGUGCAGCAGGAGGAGCUGGAGGCCCUGCUGCAGAGGUGGGAGAAGGUCUUUGCCGUACAUGACGAGGAUUUUGGCCGGACUGACCUGGUGCAGCAUAGAAUCCCUACGGGCGAUGCUGCCCCCAUCCGAGAGAGGCACCGGCCAAUCCCCCCAAUGCUGUACAGAGAAACGGGCAGAGACGGGCACGGACGAACGGGACGAGCACGGAGACGAGAGCAGGCCACGGAGGAAGACCACGAGCGGGACCCGUCGAGUGCCAAAGAGGCGAACCGUGAAGCGAUCUACACGCAGCGGCGGGGCUCAUACCCCGCCUACGCAAGGUCUACGGCCCUGGGAUCCGCGGCGGAGCUGGAGGGCUGCAAUCCGGAUAAAGAGCGAGGACGCAGAGUCACUGGGACGUACCGCGAAGCGACCUACACGCAGCGGCGGGGCUCAUACCCCGCCUGCGCCAAGCGGUGUGCGCCAUUCACAUUGGGGACGAGCGCCGUCUACCUGCCUCUGGCCCACGUGCAAGGGGGGGUGGUGGGUGGGGGCAUGAGGGGAGGGGACACUCCAGGGUUGUCGGUUGGUGCAUAUAUCAAAGUGUUUGCCAACUUCACCAUUGAUCCAAGGGACUUUGCAGUAUGGUACUUGGAAACGGCCAACGUCACAUGGCAGAAGAAUAGGGAGAAGGACAACUUGCACAUCAGUUCACGGCCACACAGAGAGAUGCCACAGUUUGGUUUCCCCACACAGCCAGAGAUGGACAUUGAUUCAGAGGACAGUGGAAACUUGUGUGUGAUGCAUGACACAGUUGCACCAGAGUCGACCAUGAACUUGAUCUCUCGUCCAUUCACCUCGAGGACCACCAUUGGCUCACUCCGCCAGUUGUGGAGCGGGGGUGGGGGCUGUGGCAUGUCAUUGGGCGUCCACAUCUGCUGCUGUCCGUUGUAG